AUGCCCGUUGGUGCCUCCUUGAUUACAAGAACUACCAGACCAGAAGGAUCAAAGGAUGAGAUUCCAGCACAGCUCAUUGUCCAGCCACAUCUAUCAGUGACAGCCCAGCUUGGAGAGUCUGUGACCCUGCAGUGCUCUGCAUCGCGUACUCAGCACCAUGCUUUGGUUUGGUUCAAGCAAGUCAUUGGACAGCCUCCUGUGUAUAUGAUCAAAUAUGAUAGAAAAUCAAAGCCUAUCUUUUUGGAUGAAUUUAAUGAUAAAUCACGUUUCCAAAUUCUAACAAAUGAGAGCAGUUUUAACCUCACAGUUUUAAAGACGGAAUCGUCGGAUAUGGCUGUUUAUUACUGCGCAGCACUGAAAGACAAUCAAGUGCUUUUUGGGAACGGAACUACACUGUUGAUUAAAGGUAUUGAAUCCAGAGGAAGGAUUAUUCAGUCUCCUAUCUCUGAAUCGGUGCAGUCUUACUAUUGUGCAGAGGUGACAUGUGGGGAGAUCAGCAAUGGAAAUGGAACCAAGGAGGAGAGUACGGAUGAGAUUCCACCACAGCACAUUGUCCAUAGUUUAUCAGUGACAGUCCAGCUUGGAGAGUCUGUGACCCUGGAGUGCCCUGUAUUGCACACUCGUCAAAUUACUUUGGCUUGGUUCAAGGAAGUCACUGGACAGCCUCCUGUGUAUAUAGUAAAAUAUGAUGGACAAUCAAAGCCUAUCUUUUUGGAUGAAUUUAAUGAUAAAUCCCGUUUCAAAAUGCAAAACAUUGAGAGCAGUUUUAACCUCACAAUUCUAAAUACGGAAUCAUCGGAUAUGGCUGUUUAUUACUGCGCAGCACUGGAAGGCAGUCGUGUGCUUUUUGGGACAGGGACUGUACUGUUGCUUAAAGGUAUUGAAUCCAGAGGUUCCUAUCAGAAUCAGCCUCCGAAUAUCUCUGAAUCAGUGCAGACUAACUGUUGUGCAGUGGCGACAUGUGGGGAGGACAUUAUUGGAAAUGGGACCAAGGAGGCCAAAACGGAUUAUAACCAGAACAUGCACAUACUUGUGAUUCUCUCAUUUGCACGGAGUGGAUGUCUUGUCAUUGCAAUCCCAAUAAUUAUAAUGUUCUUAAGAAGAAAAUAACCAAGAAGUAAGUAUGAGGAAAGAUGAGAUUCUGGCCUGAAGCCCCCAAAAAGGAACAUUUUCACCAAUAAAGAAGCUUAUUCAAUGCUUAUAGAUAUUUUAGUUUUUUUGGUAGGAAUUGUCCAGAUGUCCUGAAUUUACAGACCAGAAAAUGAAGCAAACAAAUGAACAAGGACAAAUAUGAAGGAUUUCAUUACUGUGGAGUUAUUCCACUGAGCUGCAGUCUUUUCAUCAUAGUAAAUAUGGCUAAUUCUCCCUGCUUUGCAAAGCAAUCUGU